AUGACAUGGACCAUCACUCUUAAUAUGCGCUUUCUUCUGCUGUCUCUCCUGAGUGUCUUGACGGUCGUCACGACUGCUCUCCCAGCCCACCAAGCUCCUCUUCUUCGCCAUGCUGCAGACAAUCGCACCGUCUCUCCCGAGCUAUUCUCUGACCUCGAGGAGCUCGCGCGUGUCGUCGACAUAUCUUAUUGUGUAGGUCUCACCGGCAUAGGCAUAUCAAGGCCGUUCAAAUGUCUCGGUCGCUGUUCCGAAUUUCCCGAUUUUGAACUUGUCAAGACAUGGAACACUGGCCAGUUGAUGUCCGACUCUUGCGGCUACAUUGCUCUAUCUCACUCACAGGCGAAUCCUCGCAUCAUCGUCGCGUUCCGUGGCACCUACUCAAUCGCAAACACGGUUGUCGAUCUUUCAACCGUACCUCAAGAAUACGUCCCCUACCCUGGUGACCCGGACUCAGGAGCAUCGAAAGCCGAUCAUGCAAAGUGCAACAACUGCACUGUGCACACUGGCUUCUACAGUUCUUGGAAGGUGGCUUCUUCUGCCAUCUUACCAGACUUAGAGGCUGCCAUCGCUGCUUACCCCAACUACGCCCUAACUCUCGUUGGUCAUUCACUUGGUGGUGCCGUUGCAGCCCUCGCCGGUCUCGAACUCGAAUCUCGUGGCUGGAAUCCGACGAUUACUACCUUUGGAGAGCCUCGACUUGGGAACGCAGCCUUGAAUCAAUACCUUGACCAGCGAUUCAACUUGCUCGGCUCUUCACGUGAUGCCUGGACGAACGUUUUCGAUGAACGACAACUACGUUAUCGUCGUGUCACUCACAUAGACGAUCCAGUACCUCUGCUACCUCUUACAGAGUGGGGAUAUCGAAUGCACGCUGGCGAGAUUUAUAUCUCCAAGUCUGCCUUGACUCCAGACAUUCAGGAUCUCCAGCACUGUGUUGGUGAUGAAGACCAUCGGUGCAUCGCCGGACAAGAUAGCAGUCUAUCACCAGAGUCCACACCCACCAAACGCGAUGAUCUCAGAGCUCAAGUGAAGCAUUCCGUGGAUGACCUUGCUGAGGAGCGCGAGUUGGAAAAGCGAGCUAUCGGUUCCUGGGUCGUGCCAUCUCGCUACAAGUUGUGGCAGCUGUUCUUUGCACAUCGUGACUAUUUCUGGCGCCUCGGACUCUGUGUCCCCGGUGGAGAUCCUUGGGAUUGGAAUCGCAAGCCAUAUGCACCGCUUGGUGGAGACGAGCAGGAGUCGGUCUGA